CCUUUCCUCUUUUAAAUUCCCCUACAUACAACCUAUAUGCCAUCCCACAUUCACGUUCCUCUUCUCUUACCUUUUAAAUUUCACUUUACUUUUUAUGUGGAUACAUAUCACACUAUCUUCCCAUGUUUUAAAAUAAUCACCCUCCAUUCUUGUCUUUGUUUUUAUAUGUGUUUUCUUUGAAACUAGUUUGUAAUUUAGCUCUUAACCUACUUCUAUUGUUAUUGUGCUGUUGCAAAAUUGAGAGGAGCAUUAAUUCAAAAUUUAUAAAUUGUUUCUAAAAGGUCCAAAAAAAAUUUUAAAAAAUGAAAAUUGAAAAGAAAGAUUGAGAAAAAGAAAGGAAAAGUAUGUGGACCUGAAGAAGCACUUUCACUCCCACUUCCAAGUUCACUUUCUCCUCUCUUCUCUACAAAAACAAAUUUUGGAAGAAGAUAAAGCAGAAGGAGCUUUACAAAAACAGCGUUGCAACCACUCCUCCAUUAAUAUAUAAUUCUCAUCGACCAAGAUUUUUGCAGAAAAGAGGAUAUGGUUGCAUUCGGCAAGAAGUUGAGAGAAUUGCAGAUUCCAGAAUGGCGAGAGCACUAUAUCAAUUAUAAGUUAAUGAAGAAGAAAGUUAACAGAUAUACUCAGCAAAUAGAGAUUGGAACACAAAAUGACUACUAUGUGCUCAGGGACUUCUCAAGAUUAUUAGAUAUUCAGAUUGAAAAGAUUGUUUUAUUUUUGUUGGAGCAACAAGGAUUACUUGCAAUGAGGUUAUCUAGUCUUGGUGAAGAGCAAGACGCCCUUUCCCAACAACUUACAGAAGCAAAAGUUGCUGAAUUACAGGAACAAUAUAGAGCAGCUGGACAAGAUCUUCUGAGGCUUCUCGCUUUUGUGGAGAUAAAUGCAAUUGGUCUACGCAAGAUAUUAAAGAAGUUCGAUAAACGCUUUGGCUACAAGUUUACAGAUUAUUAUGUCAAAACUCGUGCGAACCAUCCUCAUUCCCAACUCAAACAAGUUUUUAAGCAAGUGGGUAUAGUUGCUGUCGCUGGUGCCAUAUUUCGUAAUCUUGCAGAGCUUGAAGAUCAUAAAGAGAGUUACAUCUCGAUAUAUGAUCAACUAGACCUUUCAUACCAGGACCCUGUAAUUGAUUCCAUCAAAGCAGCUCUAAACAGAUUAUCAAACUCCACAAAUUUUCUUCAAUUUUUGGGAAAACAUGCCAUGCUUUUAGAAGAUGGGUUAUCAGAUCCUGCUGAGAAUAACGUUGAUGAAAGAUAUAAUUUUAUGUCACUUCUUUUGAACUUAGUAAACACAUUUUUGUAUAUGGUAAAUACAUAUAUUAUUGUCCCAACAGCUGACAACUACACCAUGAGCUUGGGAGCUGCCGCUACUGUCUGUGGCAUUGUGAUUGGGGCAAUGCCUGUGGCACAGGUGUUUUCUUCGGUUUAUUUCAGUUCUUGGUCAAACAGAUCAUACAUGCAACCACUGGUUUUUAGUAGCAUCAUUCUUGUAGUGGGAAACACAUUGUAUGCACUGGCAUAUGAUCUCAAGUCCAUCACUGUUCUUCUCGUUGGCCGUCUUUUCUGUGGGUUGGGUUCUGCAAGAGCAGUUAACCGGCGCUAUAUUACCGACUGUGUGCCAUUGAGAUUACGAAUGCAAGCUUCUGCAGGAUUUGUUAGUGCAAGCGCACUGGGAAUGGCAUGUGGUCCAGCUCUUGCUUGUGUUUUUCAAAGAAAUUUUAAGAUAUCAUUCAUUACAUUUAAUGAGGACACCUUGCCUGGUUGGGCCAUGGCUCUUGCAUGGCUCAUUUUUCUCGUAUGGUUGUGCAUUUGUUUCAAAGAGCCUUCUUCAGUCAUACCAUCGGAAGCUUAUACAGGAAAAACUGCAAUACUUAUUUUGGAGAAUGGUUGUACGCAACCACUACUUUUAAGCAAAGAUGGUAAGCAAGAAUGUGCAGAUCAAGAAUGUGAUGAUGACGACAAUGACGAUGGUGGACAAUCGAAAAGAAGUCGCAAACCAGUCAAUUCAAUAAUGUUAGCUUAUAAGUUACUUACACCAUCUGUCAAGGUGCAACUAUUUGUAUAUUUUAUGCUAAAAUAUGCAAUGGAAAUUGUACUUGCUGAAUCGAGUAUAAUCACAGGCUACUACUUUGUAUGGUCGACCACCAAUGUUGCAGUCUUUCUAGCAUGCCUUGGCUUGACAGUGCUCCCUGUAAACAUCAUCGUUGGGAACUACCUCAGUAACUUAUUCGAAGAAAGGCAACUUCUUCUUGCAUCUGAAAUUAUGCUUUGCAUAGGCGUAAUUAUGAGCUUCCAUACUUUGAUUCCUUACUCAGUACCUCAAUAUGUGUGCUCGGCUCUAAUCACAUUUGUCUCUGCUGAAAUCCUUGAAGGUGUAAAUUUGUCACUUCUCUCUCGAGUCAUGUCUUCUAGACUUUCACGUGGGACUUUUAAUGGUGGCUUACUUUCCACCGAAGCUGGAACUAUAGCUCGAGUGAUUGCGGACGGCACAAUAACAUUGUCGGGGUACUUGGGUGAAAGUAAGCUCUUGAAUGUUACCUUACUUCCUUCACUUUUUAUUUGUGUAUAUGCCAUUAUAGCAACAUGUUUUACCUACAACUCUCUUUACUAAUCUUCUUUUCUACUUAUUUCUCUUCCAUCUGUUAUCUCAUGUGUAAAAUGUGUAAAUGAUGUACAUAUCAUAUGAAUAAGCUUAGCUUGAAUUGAGAAGAAAUCUACCAAGUCUACUGGUAAAGAUGAAACUAUUUUCGAGACACCGAUAUGAUUUUGUAUAAAUCUUCUAUAUUUAUGUAUAUCUUACCGAUUCUCUCA